CAUGACUUUUCCUCGUCGUGUCCCGCAGACAGUUUAGCCUCACGCAGUCACAGAGGGAGAGUCUCGGCCUCAGACAGGAGUCACAGGUGAAGUUGAGCACCAUGUCGCUGCGGGACGAACUCUUAAAGUCCAUCUGGCACGCGUUUACAGCUCUGGACGUGGACAAGAGCGGGAAAGUCUCCAAAUCUCAGCUGAAGGUGCUGUCCCACAACUUAUGUACAGUGAUGAAGAUCCCACAUGACCCCGUGGCGCUGGAGGAGCACUUUAAAGACGACGACGAGGGUCCCGUCUCCAACCAGGGAUACAUGCCGUACCUGAACAAGUUCAUCCUCGAUAAGGUGACAGAUAAUUUUGACCGUCAGGACUUCAACAAAAUGUGCUGGACGCUGUGCUUCAGGAAAAACAUGGACCAAAGCCAGCUGUUCAUCUCCAACGACGAUGCCUUCAAGAUCUGGUGCAUCUUCAACUUCCUGUCUGAGGACAGAUACCCGCUGGUCAUUGUCACGGAGGAGAUUGAGUACUUUCUGCGUAAGCUGACGGAGGCGAUGGGGGGCAGCUGGGUGGAGGAGCGUUUCGAGGACUACAAGCUGCAGCUGAACUCAAAGCAGCAGAGUCUGAACGCCUGGGAGCUCAUCAAACUGGUGGGCUCUGGUCACUUCAGUAAAGGCAUGGACCGCCAGACGCUCUCCAUGGGCAUCAACGAGGUCUACCUGGAGCUCAUCCUUGACGUGCUGAAACAGGGCUACAUGAUGAAGAAAGGACACAAGAGGAAGAACUGGACGGAGCGCUGGUUCAUGCUGAAACCAAACUCCAUCUCCUACUACGUGGGCGAGGACCUCACUGACCAGAAAGGAGAUAUCUUACUGGAUGGAAACUGCACUGUGGAGCCUCUGCAAGAUAAAGAAGGAAAGAAGUGUCUCUUCCUCAUCAAGUCUCCAAAUAAAAGCUUUGAAAUCAGUGCGUCAGACAAGAAGAAGAAGCAGGAGUGGAUCCAGGCCGUUCAGACCUGUGUGAGUCUGCUCCACCAGGGCCGGCCAGCUCCACACCGCGAGGCCCGACAGAAGCGGCGGGAGCUGCGACUGAAGCAGCAGGCCGAACAGGAGGAGCUGGAGCUGAGGAUGAGGGAGCUGCAGACGGCCAACGAGGCUAAACAACUGGAGCUGGAGAACAUGAGGAAGGCUCUGGAGGACUCAGCGGCGAACGCAGCAGAAGAAGAACGCAGGCGUCUUCAGACCCAAACUGAACUUCAGGACCGCUACAAGAUGGACCUGGAGAGAGAGAAAAUGGUACGGCAGCAGAUGGAGGAGCAGGUGGCGCAGAAGUCUACAGAGCUGGAGCAGUACCUACUGCGGGUUCGGGAGCUGGAGGACAUGUACGGUCAACUGGAGGACGCUCUGGAGGACGAGAGGCGUGCAAGACAGGACGAGGAGGCUGUCCGCAGGCUGCAGGCACGGUUACUGGAGGAAGAGGCUGCAAAGAGGGCAGAGCUGGAGCAGAUCCACCUGCGGCAGCAGCGCGCCAUCUCAGAGACAGAGGCUGAGAAACAGGAGCUGGAGAAGGAACGUCAGGCCAAGGAGAGCGCCCUGCAGGCAGCCAUGACACAACUGGAAGAGCUGGAGCAAGAGAGGCAGGGAGCGCUGCAGCAGUACCAGACGGUGAUGAAGAAGCUGGAAGACGCAACCAACAAUACAAAGACCUGGAAGCACAAGGUGGCUGAACACGAGGGCAUGUUACGGCUCAUUCAACCAGGUUCAAAGGGACCUACGAUGAUCACCAACUGGGGCCCAGCCGCCUUUUCUGAUGCAGAGCUCAGCCUGAGGGAGAAGAAAUGGCAGGAGAUGAAGAACCCGCCAACCCAGGCUCAGUAGAGAGCCCCUGUAAACCCUGAACCUUAAACAGAAGACAAGUGAGGACUGCUGGGAUGUCCUGGCAGGUGACUGGAUUUUCAGUGGAAUCAAAAUGGGAGAUUUACAAGCAUAAUGUAAGGCAUUUUUAUGUUAAAGAGGACUGUAAGUAAUCAAUUACCAUCUUUAGUGUUGCCCAGUAAGGCCCACCACUGAUAGAACUUGUAUUUCCAGGCCUCCAGGCAGGCCACCAUGGAUGAGGGCUACACACACUCACAUUUUUGCAUUGUGAACUAAUUUUGGCUGGCCUCCAACAAAAAUAGUAAGUGAAGAGGUGUUAACAACAGAAAAAAUGAAUACUGGAAUAAUAAAAGAUUGAUCUCCCUUUGUUGCUAAAUGUGCUGAUUGCUGUAUCAGUUAAUCAGUCUUGUAUAACUGAGCAGCUAAGUAUGUAGAUUGUAGUGUGUUUUAAGUCUACUGAGGAUGGAGUUUUCUUUACAAAACGGUUUACAUGGGAUGUUAAAAAAAAAAGUAGCUGUAAAGGCGAAAGAGCUCACUUAGUCCCCUCUACUUGAGACCAUCUGGGCUACCGUAGGACUAAUGGCUGGUAAAGCUACAAGUCAGACACACUGUCAAAUAUGUAAGCGCUUUAGUUAAUAGUUAAUAAGCCCCUCUAAGUCUUAAAAAGUGCUUAGUAACAUUUAUAAGACUGCAACUGUUAAUAAACGCAUAAUGAAAUAUUUGUUACAUUUAUAAGCACUUAUCAGAAACUAGUUAACAGUAUAUAGACUGCAUAAGUUUUUUUUUAAUAAUAACAUUAAAACCACGUUUGAGUAUUGCGUAUUAUAUAAAUUGUAUAAAUUGUUAACAAGUUUCUUUUAAAUGUAUUAAGUUUAGAAGCACUUAUAAGGGCCUUAUUACCAUUAACUGAGGCUUAUUUCACAGACCUUGAUAUACAGCAUUAGCUGAGAGUUGACAUGAUUAAAAUCUGACCAAGUUAACAAUAUACAUAAUUUAAAUUUGUAGUUUAAGAUGUGCAGCUUAUUUAAAGUCACAAGUGGAAAAAAGUGAGCAGCACUACCUUUUAUCAUUUUCUCCAACUUUGUCCUCACUGUCCGUUUUUUAUCUAUAUAAUGCACUACUGUUGAUCACAGCCUGACCUGGCCGACGUGUGUUUUAGGUUCAGGCUGUAAAUUGAAUACAUGGUGAAGUUGUGAGAUCUACAACUCUCCUUCUUGUGACCGUUUUCCUCUCAACACUUGUGGAAAAAAAUGUAAGGGAUUUUUGUAAAUAUUUUAACAAUGAUUUCAAUAAAGUUUUGGUUUUCUGUACUGAAGUUAAUCUGUGUGAAGGCACCGUCAGUAGCACCUGAGGAUGACAUGUUUAAUGUAUGAAGUAAAUGAUGUUUAACAAAUUGCUGUUUAAAAAAGUUCUCUUCUAAAAACAACCUGAAUUGAAAAAACAUGUACGAUUCACUAAAUUAUUCAUUGUUAACAAGUGCUUUUCUUAUCUAGUUUGUCUGACCUAGGUUUAUAGCUGUCUAAAGAUCUGGCUCUUAAACAUUUCCUACUUGUAAAUUUUGUGUCAGAAAUAGGGCAUUUUGCUGAAGUCUUGUUCCAAACAAGAGUGCUAACUGCAGAUCAUUUGUUCUGUGUUGUACUGUAACCAUCAGUGCCUUUGACAUUGUCAUGAAUGAACAUUGUGAUUUAUGGUUUUAUAAAUAUACAUAUGUAAAAAAAAAAACAAAAAAAACCUUAAGACUUAAGUAUGUAAUAAAACAUAUCUUUAAUAAUUUA